AUGGCUCACGAUGAGCCCAGCAGCGACGAGGCGACGCUCGACGACCGCCGCCGCCGCAACACCCGGGACCUCGAAGAGGGACGUCAUGAGCAGCGAGGGCGGGACGAAAAGCGCAGUCGGGACAUUACGCCGUCUGUAGAGCCACGGCCAGCGACGGAGGAACCGCCGCUCGAGACGGGGACCGCAUCUCUUCCUCCUCGACCCAAACAGAUCCCGCCAAGCGAAGUCCCGGCGUACUUCAAGCCUUCUCGUCCGAAGGUCUCCGUUCACUCCUUGCUCAUCUUUGCGGCGAUAUGGGGCGUCCUGGCCAGGCUUGGGACGAUUUGGAUCGGCAAGUUCUCGUCGAGCACCGUCUUUCCCCUCGUUUGGGCGCAAAUGACAGGAUGCCUGGUGAUGGGAUUCGCUAUACGGAAGAAGGACGACAUAGAGAAGAUCUCUCCUCCCCUCUUCGUCAUGUUGGGCACGGGGUUCUGCGGGUCCCUCACAACCUGGUCGACCUUGUCGAGCGAGAUCUUCAGCGCCUUUGCCAACCUAAAGGAGCCAGCCGGCACGAGUCGCUUCACGGCUUUCAUGUCCGGCAUGUCUAUAACGGUCAUCACGCUCGUCGCAUCUCUCGGUGCCUUCCAGGUCGGCGUCCACCUCGGCGCGUUUGUCCCUUCGUUCCGCAAGACGCCGCACCAGCUCCCCGGACAACUCGCCUUCAACGUGACGACUAUGCUCAUCGGCCCGCUCUUCUGGCUCGGCGCCCUCUUCCUCCUCAUCUUCGGUCCCGACUACUACCGCCCGCGCGCCACUUUCGCCAUCGUCCUUGCCCCGCCCGGUGCCGUCCUACGAUACCACAUCUCGCGGCAGCUGAACCGCCUCAACCCCAAGUUCCCCUACGGCACCUUCGCCUGCAACUCUAUUUCGAGCCUCGUCUUCGCCAUCAUGGCACUCCUCGCGCGGCAUCCCCGUUCGCCUCUCGGCUGCGCGGCGUUGGGAGGCGUGCAGGACGGGUUCUGCGGGUGCUUGAGCACGAUCUCGACGAUGAUUGUCGAGCUGCGCGGCCUCAAGACGGGGCAGAGCUACAGGUACUUUAUCGUGAGCUGGAUCACGGCGCAGGUGCUGUUCGUCGUCGUGCUUGGGAGCUGGGUGUGGAGUGGUGACAGGGCGCCCGUGUGCGCUGGGGCGGCGUAG